AUGCACUCCAUUCUCCCGAUCUUUCUUCUCUUCACCAACGCCCUUGCGGCCAAGGUCAAUGUCGUUUGGCGUCUAGAAAAGGAUACCAAUGCUUCGUCUUUGAGUGUCUAUGGCCCUAAGAAGUCCCUUCUGGCGGAGACCUGCGGUAGUAUUCUUCACGCUCAUGACACGAUUGACUUUUCCGACGUCAACGAAGCAGGCUUUGGCAACUUCACCGUUGGUGAUGCGAGUUACCUGGUUCACUCCAAGGCAGAAUGGUCAGGCGGACCAGAAUGCUCUAGGGUCUUCAACCCUGGUUAUGCACUGGUGCAGUGCUCGGGUGUCAACUGGGAUCCCAAGGACCUUGUUAAGACUGAUGCGACGAAAUGCUUCGAAGGUAGUCAGACAAAUGGAGAGCUGCAGUCUCUCCAAAGGCGAAGCGAGUCGCAGGAUUCUCAACUUGAGGCAAGACAGUACCAGUGCUCCAGCUGGGUAACUAGAACAGACCUUGUGGGCAAUGGGGAUCCUCACCAGAAUUACUUCCACAAGCAGCUUUCGGAAACCAUCAGCUGUGGCAAUGCGCUCUCCUGCUCAGUCGGUCAGAGCCAGAGCGAGUCCUUCUCCAUCGACUUCUCUCUCGGUGUGGCCGGCGGAAAGGGCAACUGGAUUUCUGGAGGCUUUGGUGUAAGCAAGUCUUGGACCACUGGAAACUCCUACACAUGCAACGGCGGCCCCGGAGAGACAGUCUGUAUUUGGUACAACACCGCUCACACUGCAUAUACCGUUCAGGAUGUCACUUCUAACCCCUGCACCGGCUCCACGAGAAGCAACCCUUAUGUUAUGUUCUCCCCAAACAACAACAACGUCGGAGGUGGUUACUACUGUGUCAUCGGAACUUGCCGCGCCAAGGGAGAUGCAUACUGGGACUACAGCGGUCGUGCUGGAGGCCCUUGA